AUGGACGGCGACCCGGCCGUCGAGCCACAGCUUGAUGCUCUCAGCCUGACGCUGCCGCUGCCGUAUCGAGUGGCCCUGCUGACUGUACUGGGUAUCUGGGGCUGGGGCGCCAACCUACACUAUCUCUAUGGGAUCAAGAUUGACGUGCCAGGCCUGAUUCGGUAUCCGAGCCGGGCGUCGUCAGCACAAGCGCCUCACUAUCGCACAGCCUACCGGUUGGCGGCCACGGCAGCCACGGGCGUGGGAUUGUCACUGGUGUUCUUCUGGCUGCUGACCCGACGCGAUCCAAGUCGUGUGCUGGCCUACGACUGGCUGCCCAUGACGACGCUGGGCGGGCUGGCGCUGCUGCUGCUGGUGCCACUACCGCGCCGACUUCAACAACUGCUGCGCCCUUCGGCGGCGUCGACGGCAGGCGGCAGUGGUGGUGGCGGUGGCGGCAAUGUGGUGCCGCUCUGGGCGUCGUUGCCGCAGGACGGCCGGCGACGUUUUGCAGCCAUGGUGCGACGCGUGGCGCUGGGCGGGCUGGCCGAGCCGCAGCACGGCAAGUUUGGCGACGUGCUGCUAGCCGAUGUGGUGACGAGCUACGCCAAGGUGCUGGGCGACGUGUUUGUGUGCGUGUGCAUGUUUUUCUUCCCGUCGUCACCUGGCCGCGAGGCCUCGGCCACCGACCGGCCCGACCGAGACUGCGGCGGCGCCGUCAUUGUGCCGCUCAUCAUGGCGGCGCCGUCGGCAGCGCGACUGCGCCAGUGUCUGAUCGAGUACGUGCGGGCACGGCGGGCGCGCGAGCCGGGCGGUCAGCACCUGGCCAACGCGCUCAAGUACUUCAGCGCGUUCCCGGUGAUCGUGCUGUCGGCGCUGCAGCGGCCGGAUGGUUCGCCCGGAGACGCCAGCGCGGCAUCGCUGCGGCAGGCGUGGAUCAUUGCCGUGCUCAUCAACUCGCUCUACAGCUUCUACUGGGACGUGACCAGAGAUUGGGACCUCACGCUGCUCACGGAGGCCCGCGACAGCGUCGGACAGCCAUGGGGCCUACGGCGCCGGCUCUACAUCCGGCCGGCACCGCAGAUCUACUAUGCCGUCAUCGCCAUGGACCUCAUGCUGCGCUGCACGUGGUCGCUCAAGCUGAGUCCGCACCUGGGACGCGUGGGCGCGCAUGGCGACUUUGAGAGCUCGCUCUUCCUCAUGGAGCUCCUCGAGGUCUUCCGGCGCUGGGUGUGGAUCUUCUUCCGUGUCGAGACGGAGUGGAUCCGCACGACCGGCAACGCCGCGUUGGGCGCGGACGACCUGCUGCUGGGCGACUACCAGGGCAAGUACGACGACGAGGACGACUAG